AUGCGCGUCGCUCACCUCAUCAGGUUCGCGGCGGCGAUGUCUCUCACCUUCACUGCUGCAGCAGGCAUCGCAAUCAGGCGCGCAAAUACGACGGAACUGCAAGUCCCUCCAACCGACAACUCCCCUCAGGAUUUCGAAUCACUCCGGGGCGGAGCCUCAGCCACCUGUCACUCGUUUACGAUCAAUCCGCGCUACUUCACCUUGUUGUACGCAACGUGCCGUGAUCACCUGGGCUUUGAGAAGAUAGGCCAUCUCAACUUGAACCUCUGCCUCGCAAAUUCUUGUGGCAACCUUGAGGGUCGCGCAAGGACGAUACGCGGAGAGCUGCUCGGCGAGGACCUGUUCGAUUGA